AUGGCAUCCUUCCUAAGUUACUUCAACCGCAGAGAUAGCGGAAACACAGCAACAAAACCUGCUCUGGACAAGCAGCCUGUGAGAGCACUUCCUGCAUCAUGGUACACAUCUGCCGACAUGUACGAGCUUGAACGCCGUGCCAUUUUCUCCAAGCGCUGGCUCCUUAUCACACACAAGCUCCGUCUCACCAAGCCUGGUGACUUUCUCCGCUACGAUGUAGCAGGCUUCCAGUUCGUUCUUGCCAAGGAUCGUCAAGAGAACAUCAACGGCUUCCACAACAUCUGCCGUCACAGAGCAUACCCCGUUGUCGAGAAGACCGAAGGCACAGCUCGCAUCUUUGCUUGCAGAUACCACGGUUGGUCGUAUGGCUUGAACGGAAAGCUGGCAAAGGCACCAGACUACCAGGAGCUCGAGGGGUUCGACAAGGAGGCCAAUGGACUUUUGCCCAUCCACGUUCAUGUCGACAAGAACGGUUUCGUCUGGGUCAACAUGGAUGCCAAAGCGGAACCCGAGAUUGCCUGGGAAGACAACUUUGAUGGCGUCGAUAUCCAAACACGCUAUGAGCAAUUCGACUUUGAAAACUAUCAAUUUGACCACAAAUGGGAGAUGGAUGGUCCUUACAAUUGGAAGAUUUUGGCAGACAACUACAACGAGUGCUACCACUGCCCAACAACUCACCCCGAUAUUCCGGCUCUGGCAGAUCUAGAAGCUUACUAUGUCAACACAACCGCGAAGCACAUCCAACACGAGGUCGCAAGUAAACCGGACCAAGUCGCCGCUGGCAUGACUGUCGUCCCAACCUACUACUUCCCCAACGCCUCUGUUAACGCAACGUAA